CUUGGCGUCAGUCGCAGGACGAGCACGGAGGAAGGACUCUUCAUCUUCUUCAUCAUCUUCAGCAACAUGGACUACUUCCUCAACGCACCUUGGUGACGCACACCUCAAGACCACCUCCGCCAAGACCAAGACCAGAACCAAGACCAAGACUAAGGUUUGUGGACUCCCUGAUGCCGGUCUGAAGCCGAGAGGACCCAAAGCAGCAGGCCAGUCCUCAGCUGUGGAAUUAUGGGUAACCACCUGGGCGACAUGGCCCCCCCCAGCUGCUUCCUGCCCAGCUUCCAGCGCGUGCACGUGGUGGUGGUCGGCCUGGACUCGGCCGGCAAGACGUCUCUGCUGUACCGGCUGAAGCUGAAGGACUUUGUGGAGACCAUCCCCACCAAGGGCUUCAACACGGAGAAGGUGAAGGUGGCGGUGGGCGGCUCCCGGGCCGUCACCUUCCAGGUGUGGGACGUGGGCGGCCAGGAGAAGCUCCGCCCCCUCUGGAAGUCGUACACCCGGCGCACGGACGGGCUGGUGUUCGUGGUGGACGCCUCUGAGGCGGAGCGCAUGGAGGAGGCCCGGGUGGAGCUCCACAAGAUCAGCCGCAGCUCGGAGAACCAGGGCGUCCCCGUCUUGGUCCUGGCCAACAAGCAGGACCUGGACGCCGCCCUCCCCGCCGGCCAGGUGGAGAAGCUGCUGGCCGUGCACGAACUGAGCGCGUGCACGCCGCGCCACGUGCACGGCUGCAGCGCCGUGGACGGCGAGGGCGUUCAGCAGGGCCUGGAGAAGCUCUACCACAUGAUCCUGAGGAGGAGGAAGCUGGUGAAACACAGCCGGAGCAGGAGGAGAUGAAGACCGGCCUGGUCCGGGAGAUGUAGACCGGCCUGGUCCAGGAGAUGUAGACCGGCCUGGUCCGGGAGAUGUAGACCGGCCUGGUCCAGGAGAUGUAGACCGGCCUGGUCCAGGAGAUGUAGACCGGCCUGGUCCAGGAGAUGUAGACUGGCCUGGUCCAGGAGAUGUAGACCAACCUGGUCCAGGAGCUGUAGACCAACCUGGUCCACCAUCUUGAGAGCACAAGUCCUCUUAGGAAACCCAACCAGGGUGGACUUUCAUUCCCAAUCAGUCAAAUGUCUAACGGUCUUCCAGAAGUACUUAUUCCAGUUUAACACGCUCACCUGUCCUCUCGGGUACACCUGCACAGUCCAGUUCUUACCACAUUGGAUCUCCCGUCAUUGUGCUUGUAGUUGGCAACCUUUAGGUUAGAGCACGCCUUUUUAUAUGGAAGAAGGUAUGUCAGGAACAUUUCCUGCUGGGCUGGCACAGACCAGACUAGUCCAGCUCCGAACUGCCAGCAGGACUUUGUAGGAUCUCUUUUCAUACUUCUUGACUUUGUAGGUCAAGGUUUUGUAGACCAAACUUUUCCAUAACUGUCCAAAAAUUUGAGUUCAUGGUUCUCGCCUGAAAAAGGGUGGAGUGCCAAGUCCGGGUUGGGGACCAGAUCUUGCCCCAAGUGCAGGAGUUCAAGUACCUGGGAGUCCUGUAGAUCUAGGUUUUGUAGACCAAACUUCUCCAUUACUGGCAAACAGUACCACCACCUCCAAUUCCGAGUCCAUGGUUCUCGCCCGGAAAAGGGUGGAGUGUCAACUCCGGGUUGGGGGGGAGAACUUGCCCCAAGUGGAGGAGUUCAAGUAUCUGGGAGUCUUGUUCACCAGUGAGGGAAGAGUGGAUCGGUGCGGCGUCUGCAGUGAUGCGGACGCUCUAUCGGUCCGUCCUGGUGAAGAAGGAGCUGAGCCGGAAGGCAAAGCUCUCAAUUUACCGGUGGAUCUACCAUCCUCACCUAUGGUCAUGAUCUUUGGGCUACGACCUAAAGGACAAGAUCACAGGUACAAGAUCUACGACCCUAUCCUCAUCUGUGGUCAUGAUCUUUGGGUUAUGACUGAAGGACAAGAUCACGGGUACAAGAUCUACAACCCUGUCCUCACCGAUGGUCAUGAUCUUUGGGUUAUGACCGACAGGACUAGAUCACGGGUACAAGAUCUACAACCUUAUCCUCACCUAUGGUCAUGAUCUUUGGGUUAUGACUGAAGGACUAGAUCACGGGUACAAGAUCUACAACCUUAUCAUCACCUAUGGUCAUGAUCUUUGGGUUAUGACUGAAGGACAAGAUCACGGGUACAAGAUCUAUGACCUUAUCCUCACCUGUGGUCAUGAUCUUUGGGUUAUGACUGAAGGACAAGAUCACGGGUACAAGAUCUACAACCCUAUCCUCACCUAUGGUCAUGAUCUUUGAGUUAUGACUGAAGGACAAGAUUACGGGUACAAGAUCUAUGACCCUAUCCUCACCUGUGGUCAUGAUCUUUGGGUUAUGACUGAAGGACAAGAUCACGGGUACAAGAUCUAUGACCCUAUCCUCACCUAUGGUCAUGAUCUUUGAGUUAUGACUGAAGGACAAGAUUACGGGUACAAGAUCUACAACCCUGUCCUCACCGAUGGUCAUGAUCUUUGGGUUAUGACCGACAGGACUAGAUCACGGGUACAAGAUCUACAACCCUGUCCUCACCGAUGGUCAUGAUCUUUGGGUUAUGACCGACAGGACUAGAUCACGGGUACAAGAUCUACAACCUUAUCCUCACCUAUGGUCAUGAUCUUUGGGUUAUGACUGAAGGACUAGAUCACGGGUACAAGAUCUACAACCUUAUCAUCACCUAUGGUCAUGAUCUUUGGGUUAUGACUGAAGGACAAGAUCACGGGUACAAGAUCUAUGACCUUAUCCUCACCUGUGGUCAUGAUCUUUGGGUUAUGACUGAAGGACAAGAUCACGGGUACAAGAUCUACAACCCUAUCCUCACCUAUGGUCAUGAUCUUUGAGUUAUGACUGAAGGACAAGAUUACGGGUACAAGAUCUAUGACCCUGUCCUCACCUGUGGUCAUGAUCUUUGAGUUAUGACUGAAGGACAAGAUUACGGGUACAAGAUCUACAACCUUAUCCUCACCUAUGGUCAUGAUCUUUGAGUUAUGACUGAAGGACAAGAUCACGGGUACAAGAUCUAUGACCCUAUCCUCACCUAUGGUCAUGAUCUUUGAGUUAUGACUGAAGGACAAGAUUACGGGUACAAGAUCUACAACCCUGUCCUCACCGAUGGUCAUGAUCUUUGGGUUAUGACCGACAGGACUAGAUCACGGGUACAAGAUCUACAACCUUAUCCUCACCUAUGGUCAUGAUCUUUGAGUUAUGACUGAAGGACAAGAUCACGGGUACAAGAUCUAUGACCCUAUCCUCACCUAUGGUCAUGAUCUUUGAGUUAUGACUGAAGGACAAGAUUACGGGUACAAGAUCUACAACCCUGUCCUCACCGAUGGUCAUGAUCUUUGGGUUAUGACCGACAGGACUAGAUCACGGGUACAAGAUCUACAACCUUAUCCUCACCUAUGGUCAUGAUCUUUGAGUUAUGACUGAAGGACAAGAUCACGGGUACAAGAUCUAUGACCCUAUCCUCACCUGUGGUCAUGAUCUUUGGGUUAUGACUGAAGGACAAGAUCUACAACCCUACCCUCACAUGUGGUCAUGAUCUUUGGGUUAUGACUGAAGGACAAGAUCACGGGUACAAGAUCUACAACCCUAUCCUCACCUAUGGUCAUGAUCUUUGAGUUAUGACUGAAGGACAAGAUUACGGGUACAAGAUCUAUGACCCUAUCCUCACCUGUGGUCAUGAUCUUUGAGUUAUGACUGAAGGACAAGAUUACGGGUACAAGAUCUACAACCCUGUCCUCACCGAUGGUCAUGAUCUUUGGGUUAUGACCGACAGGACUAGAUCACGGGUACAAGAUCUACAACCUUAUCCUCACCUAUGGUCAUGAUCUUUGAGUUAUGACUGAAGGACAAGAUCUACAACCCUAUCCUCACCUAUGGUCAUGAUCUUUGAGGUAUGACUGAAGGACAAGAUCACGGGUACAAGAUCUAUGACCCUAUCCUCACCUGUGGUCAUGAUCUUUGGGUUAUGACUGAAGGACAAGAUCUACAACCCUAUCCUCACCUGUGGUCAUGAUCUUUGGGUUAUGACUGUAGGACAAGAUCACGGGUACGAGUGUCUCUCCCUUAGAGAUAGGGUGAGAAGUUCUGUAACAUGGAGAGGAUCCAGAUGCGGUGGUUCGGGCAUCUGGUCAGAAUGUCACCUGAAAGUCUCCCCGGGGAGGUGUUUAGGGCAAAGGAGAACACGGGGAAGACCUCGGACAGGUUGGGGGGGACUAUGACUCCCAGCUGGCCUGGGAACGCCUCGGGAUCCCCCCGGAGGGGAUGGACCAAGUGGCCGGGGAGAGGGAAGUCUGGACUCCUCUGCUUAGGCUGCUGCCCCCGCGACCCCACCUGGGAUUAGUGGAAGAAAAUGGAUGGAUGAUGGAGAACCACUACUUCUUCCCUCUAUGACACUUGCAAUUAGGCUACUAUUACUACUACUAAUACUAUUAUUACUACUUCUACUACUACUACUACUACUAUUAUUACUACUAUUACUAUCAUUACUACUAUUAUUACUACUUGUACUACUAAGAAGACGAUAGAAAGGAUGUUUUUGUAACUUGUUUGAAGGAAUAAAUCACAGCAACUAUAAACCAAAUGGAUGUUUUGUGUGCUCAUAUUUCAUGUAAAAAGAUGAGUUUGGAGGUCAAAGGUGGUCCAACGGAGCGAUGCUACAUGUGGAAAUACUACAUUACCCAGAAUGCACAGCGCCCAGGAACAGGAAGUGGGUCUGAGUUACAGUUGUGUGGUUUCAUCAAUAAAUAGUUGACUAUGUUCCUGUUUGAAGAAACACACAAAGGUGUCGAUUGGACCACAGGUGUCGUUUGUGGCCCUCAGGCAAUUCUUUUUAACGGCCCCUGGCACAUUUGAAAAGUAAUAUUACCACAAAAAAAACAAAAAAACAGGUGAAAUGUCAGAAAAAAAUGUUUUAAAAAUGACACAAAGCUGCCAAACUGUGUUUUCUUUUCAAAACUCAUUU